UUCAUGGACAGGGCGGCUGUGAUGAAGGUCGGGGCGGCGGCCAGUGCCGGCGUCUGCGCGCUGCUGGGCGGCGCGGUUCUGGCCCAGUACAUCGUCAACAAGAAGAACCGAGCCGGGAAGAAAACUAGAAUAAUCGAAAUGAUGCCUCAGUUCGAGAAGUCGACGGUCCACAUGCGAGACCCCGAGCGGGUGGAGCAGAUCAUCUGCGGCCUCAUCAAAGGAGGAGCCUCCAAGCUUCAGAUCAUCACGGACUUCGACAUGACCUUGAGCAAGUUCUCCGUCAACGGCAAACGUUGUCCGACGUGUCACAAUAUCAUCGACAACUGCAGCCUGGUGACAGAGGAGUGUCGGCAGAAGCUGCUGCAGCUGAAGAACAAGUACUACCCCAUUGAGAUCGACCCCAACCUCAGCAUGGAGGAGAAGUUCCCCUUCAUCGUGGAGUGGUACUUCAAGUCUCACACGCUGCUGGUGGAGCAGAGGAUCGAGAAGGACAAGCUCCCGGAGGUGGUGCGAGAGUCGGACGCGGCGCUCAGGGAGGGCUACGAGCAGUUCUUCGACCGGCUCCACCAGCACAACGUCCCCGUCUUCAUCUUCUCGGCCGGUCUGGGCGACGUCCUGGAGGAGCUCAUCCGGCAGGCGGGCGUCUACCAUGCCAACGUCAAGGUGGUCUCCAACUUCAUGGACUUCGACGAGAACGGCGUGCUGCGGGGUUUCAAAGGCGAGCUGAUCCACGUGUACAACAAGCACGACGGCGCCCUGAGGAACACCGACUACUUCAAGCAGCAGAAGGAGAACUGCAACAUCGUGCUGAUGGGCGACUCGCUGGGCGACCUGACCAUGGCCGACGGCGUUCCCAACGUGGAGAACAUCCUGAAGAUCGGCUUCCUCAACGACAAGGUGGACGAGCGGCUGGACAAGUUCCUCGAGUCGUACGAUAUCGUGCUGGUGAAGGACGAGACGCUGGAGGUGCCCAACGCCAUCCUGCAGAAGGUCCUCUGACCCCACCCUCCAGUCCGGACUCAUCUCUCAUGACUCGGCAGUUUCCUGGCCUGUCAGUUGUGACUCUUCAUGUCCGACCACAGACAUAAAGUCAACCUGCAGGUGGCGCUACGGUUGGUGGAACUCGUGGGAGCUCCACCUUCAUCUCAGCUGUGGUCAAAGACUCGACUGUGACUCGUCCUUUAUGCUCACUUGUGUCUGUAGCUUCAAGUUUGCGACUACCGACUCGUCCUCCUGACUGACUGCAGGUCACCUUCAAGUUUGCGAGUCCUAACCCUCGAGCACUCGCCUGUAACUUGAUUGAGUGACUCGUCUGACACGUUCAUACUCGGGUUUCAACUGUUCUGUUUCAGUUCAACCUCAGUCACUCCACAUUGACUUGUUAAGAGUCAAAGACUCGGCGUUGCUCACGUGACUUAACAGUGCGAACCCUGAAGAGCUCUACCUCAUGAACUCACUCUGACUGGAUCAAGCACUCCCAUGUAGACUCGACCCACUGAAGCGGUGAUGACUCAUGACUUGGACGGAAGGAUUCACCUGAAAACUCCUGACUCUUACCAGCCAAACAGGCUUUUUAGUUUGCCUCAGGUCUCCUCUAUUAACUUGGGUCACCAAGUCUUUACGUUUGUAUCCUUCUCAUUUUAAGACCUGCUGCUCCAAGUCAAUGACUCCUUCACCACUUGUGAGUGACUUGGUCAAGCUGACCUGCCUGCAUGUGGUUGAUGGUCGAGUCCUGGUUUUUAUAAACCAUUUCUUUCCAGUCAACUUUUUUUUCUUUCAUGGAGUUCAACAUCAUCCGUUUCUGUUGUUGGAGUCCCAGCUAGCCAGGGUCCAAGGGAAGGUUGGGAGAGAAAACUGAACAAUAUGAGCAACACGUUCACCAUCAGCAAUAAAGAGUGUGAUGCAGGAACACGACUGCAGAUGAAAUGC